AUGUCGGUCACAGGCCCUGUUUCUCCUUCGCGAGGCCAGAAGUUUGCCACGACUAAGAGAACGAAUUCAUUAGGUUGGGCUACAAGCGAUUGCCAUCGGUGCUCAUCACUUAGUCGCCAUUGCAACCGUCAGAGGCCAAGAUGUAGCGCCUGUCUGGCCGAUGGCAUCAUAUGUGCAGGUUAUGUCCAACAGCUGAAUUGGGAAGGAUCCAAAUCCCGCAAGGGCAAAUCAGCACGCAAUGAAAGGACCAAGAAGCUAGACCUCUCCAAGUCAGUCGAAGCAAUCGCUCAGUUACCUCGACCGACCGAAUUUACUUUCGUCGCUCAGAGCACAGUAUCUGACCGCUCAAGAAAGAAGUCUUUCGAUCAACCAUCUCCCAGCAAACCUACAACGCCUCUCGCAUUCGAGGUUAUCGACACUGUACUUCGGGAUUCGUCAUCGACGACAUACGAAUUGUCUUCAAAAGAUUCCUCCUCCCCGUGGCCUGUUUCGAGAACAGCGUCACCAGUCUCGGUCAACGACGUGCUACAAUUAAAUUUCUCCAUUUCGCCAAAGGUUUACCGCCUUCCAGGGGAUCUUGAGGACUCCCUAUCUUUCUAUCAUGAGUGUUUCUCCUACACGACACUGACUUUUCCUGUUCAUAUCAACCCGUGGCAGUCUGCAAUACUCCACAUCAAUGACAAUAUCCCCUGCGUCCAGUAUGCGGCUGUCGCCCUUGCCCAAAGACAGCAAGCUCACUUGAGUGGUCAACACGAGAACCUCUCCGUGCUCAGAUUGAAAGAUCGUGCGUUGUCCAUUUUUGGGACUCACCUCAACGAUGUCUCCCUUGAAUCUGCUGUAAGCACUGCCCUCUUGUUGCUUGCAUUGGACUACAUUGAAUCCGGAUAUUCCAAUUGGAUUGUCCAUCUUCAAGGUGCUUAUCGAAUUCUGGAGUCACAUGGUGGUAUCAUAAUGGCCAAGGACCGCGCAAACCUUCGAAGUCAGAUCGCCCAGCUCUUGUGGUAUGAUGUCGUAGCAGCACUGCUAUCUCGCUGUGGACCGGCCUUCCCAAGAAGCUACCUCGACCAAUUAAUGUCCUGGCAGUCUGAAGCCGAAUGGAGCAUGCUCGCCCUGAACGGGCUCCCCGACGAUAUGUUCUGCGAUAUGUAUGACUUGGCCGCGGCGGCAACGCACCCAGAAACGGUCACGUUGUCCGAACGCUCCAGUUUUCAAACCAAGAUUGCUACCACUUUUAUUGAGACACACGGCAAUGAAUACUUUUAUGCUAUGUCUGAAUCCUGGAAAUUAGGCCUUCUUCUUUAUUGCGCCAGGGUCUUUCCAUUUUCAGAAACGCAAAGCGUCUCUAGCAAUGCUAAACCAGCUAUCUCCAAUCCAAGCUCGCUGUUGAGCAUAGACAUGGAUCCCAAUAGCUGGGCUAAUCCGCAUGAGCUCGCAAUCCGGAUCCUUGAACAUGUUCAAUCUCUACCACCCCACAGUUCACUGCAAAAGCAGUGUCUAAUGCCAAUCAUGUUAGCUGGUUGCGAGAUCAGACCGGAUGAACGCGAAUUGAGGCAAGUUGUUGUUGAUUAUGGCGAGAGAUGGAAACGAAAGACCGGAUUCUGGCUUUGGAACUCAGGCAGCGAGUUUCUUGGAUCUGUUUGGGCAGCCAAUGAACAAGCUUUAAUGACUGGCCGACCGUCUGUCUCAUGGACUGAAGUCUUUCCACCUUCUGCCGACUAUGGCUUCCUAUUUGGCUGA